CCUCUUGACCCUAGCCGCACAGCAUGAUGGGAUACAACAUGGCCGUCUUCUGAGUCUGUAGUGACUUCGCACCCUUGAAAAAUCAUUUAUUUGUUCGUUUUUGGCCAAGUUUACAAAGUUCAACCCUUCUACGCUGCUUUGUUAUAACACAGGACAUUACCUCUUCGUUUUGAGCGAUUCUCUUGCCGAAAAACGGUAGAACAAUCGUCAUUCAGCCUUUGAUUCAGGACUACAAACACAGCACCAUGCCAUCAGUAGGGAGUCACAUGCAGCAGUAUGGACAGGGCCCCAGCUGCUGGGACAGGAUCAAACUCGGCUUCGGGAUCGGAUUUGCUGUCGGCAUCAGCGCUGGGGCGCUCUUCGGCACAUUCGCAUCACUGAGAAUGGGCCUGAGAGGACGAGAGUUCGUGGGACAAGUUGGUAAAACCAUGAUGCAGAGUGGAGGGACGUUUGGAGUCUUCAUGUCCAUCGGAACUGGCAUUAGGUGUUAGAGGGGGGUACUGCUAUUGGGGGGAAUACUAUCUCAUUCUGGUUGUAAAAUUAUGGCUCAAAAGAAUCUUCCAAAAUAAUGUUGCGUUCACUUCUGUCAAGUGGAAUGUUGAAAAGUGGCAUAGCAACAUUAAGGAGGAAAUAUCUUACUAUUUAGUGCAGUGUUCUCAAGAGGAAAGUAUGAUUUAUAGAUAUACUAUCGCUCAAAGAAUCUACCAAAACUUAAAUGUUGUGAGCACUGCCAUCAAGUAGAACCUUUCACUCUAAAACAUCCUAGUUGUAACUUUUUUCUUCCACACUUGAUCAAAUUGCUGCAAAGAUAUUCCAAAAGGAGUCCUAGAAUAUAAAGCUGAGUAGAAAAUGAUCAAAGUCAUAGUCUCAUUGAUAGUAGUGAUAUCAUGGGAUUUACAGUGCAAAAGCAUAAUAAAGGUAUCAUAAAAAUGAAGUCCAUUGCUGCCAUUGUUUAUUCUGUGCAACAUGAUAUAUAAAACUGGUUUGAUAUUUUGUUUUCUUCUUUGAAAAACCUUCUUCCUUUAACACAUUAGUUCUAUGAUUGAUAUUAGCACAAAUGUAAUUGUAGGUCACACAUUUGUUAACUAAAAGCGCUAUUUCUUGUGCUUCCCUGUGCAUCUGCUAUCUGAUGAGGGUCUAUGACUGAAAAUGAUGUUGAGAAGACUCGAGAGAAAUCUGAGAAGUUUUUGUAUGGAUUGGAGGAGUAGUAGUAGGAUGAGUGGGACCAUGUCACAUGUAUCACAAACCUGAAGCAUUACAGCAGCAUAAUGUACAUGUAGCUACUCCUACUAGAAUUCAAUGGUUUUAGAUCUAGCGUCAUGAGACUUUGUGCUUCUUUUCAUAUAAGGCAAAUUUAGUUUGAAUUCUUCUGAGGAUUCCAGGUCAAUAAAUUCAUGGUUCAUGUAUAUG